AUGGCGCGUCCUAGGAGCAAGAAACGCACGGCUGCGGCGGCCGACGGCUCGACCGACACGGCGGCGGCGGCGGCGGCGACGACGUUGAGGCCGGGGAAGCGCGCCAGGGCGACGCCCAAUCCCGAGGCGGAGUAUUCCCGCGAGAAGCGGAAUCUGGAGGACCUUUGGCUGUCGGCCUUCUCCAUCGGGACCGAGUGGGAACACAUUGAUAAGAUACACGAGUUCAACUGGAACUUCCAAAAUAUAGAGAAAGCUCUAGAAGAAGGGGGAGACCUUUAUGGCAAGACGGUUUACUUAUUUGGAAGCACUGAACCUCAGCUAUUGAAUGUUGCUAAAGGUGAACAAAAGAGCGAAAAGAUGGUGUUUGUUCCUAUUGUAGUUGCGGUUGAUUGUCCUUACCCACCAUCAGAUAAAGUUGGUAUAAUAUCUGUCCAAAGGGAAAAUGAAGAAAUAGUACCAAUGAAGGCAAUGAAGAUGGACUGGGUGCCCUAUGUGCCACUAGAGGACCGGCUCAGCAGGAUUGAGAGUUUGGAAACCAAAAUAUUCACUCUUUGUUGCACCCAGCGAAGGUCUGCUCUGAAGCACCUGAAAACUGAGCGAGUCAAGAAGUUCGACUACUGCAUGCCAUAUUAUAUGCCACUUUCUCCUGAAGAUGACCAUGAUACAACUGUCGAUAUCAUAUAUCCUCUAGAACACCCGAUAGUGCAAUCCUUUGACUGGGAAAUGGAUAAUUAUAAGGAUUUUAUUGAUGACCUAGUUGAAGGUGAGGUGUUGCCAGAGGAUGAGAAAGAAAAUUUUAAGAAAUUCCUGAAGGAGAAGGUUAAAGAACGAAAGAUAGAGCUGAGACAGGCUAAAGAAGCCAGAAAGGAAGCUAUUGAUAAUAUGGACCCUAAGCUAAAGAAUGCAUUUGAAAACAUCCAAUUCUACAAAUUUUAUCCUGUAAAUGCCCUGGACGCUCCUGAUUUAAGCAUAAAAAAGAAAAAUUACAUCAACAGGUAUUAUGGGAAGGCACAUAAAUGGAUGUGAAGACCAAUGCGAGCAUUGUGAAUUAAGCUUCCUUUCUGACUUGGAAGAGCCAGUAAACAUUUGGAA